UGCCGGUGACGUCAAAAGGAGGAGAGACUUUCGGCCAAUCAGCAUCCAGGGUCCAGCUCUUCGCCUGGUCAGUGUUUGUGUGCGAUGGAGUAGGCGAGCUCCCUCACGUUGUCGCUGAUAUUAGCCAGCCAGACAGCCGCCUCACUGCUCAGUAGCUGGGGAGAACCUCGACAGAGAGGAGCAGGAAGCGAGAUGGAAAGCGGGGGUGAAAGUUUGCUGAGGUCCCGCAGCCGAGCCGUCAACGAUGUCUCUGGCUUCCCAGACCUGCAGGAAGGGUCUAAUCCUGGAAGACAUCCGCAUGGGAAUGGCGAGAACCACAUCACCAGCAAUGGGAAAAUCGAAGUGGAGCAUGUGAUCAGCAAAAAACUGCAACUCAAAAGGAAAGCAGAGGGCCUGAAGAAUGACCUGAUGCGUCAGUUUGAAAGCCAAGUCCACGAUUUUAUGGACAGUCUUAUUGAAGAAUCGGCCAGCCUGGAGUCCACACCCCUACCUGCUGCCUUUUCUCCUCCGCUGUCGGACAAGGAGAGGAGCAAACUCGGGCGCUUUCAGCCUCCUCCUGGCCAGGGGAAGCACUUUGUCAGUCGGAGAUCCCUGCUGGACGAGCUGUUUGAGGUGAACCACAUCAGGACCAUCUACCACAUGUUUAUAGCCCUCCUCAUUCUCUUUAUUCUCAGCACGCUCGUGGUAGAUUUCCUUGAUGAAGGCAGACUUGUCUUAGAAUUUGACCUGGUGGUCUACGCGUUCGGACAGUUCCCCCUAGUGGUAUGCACGUGGCUCUGCAUGUUCCUGUCGGUAUUGCUGGUUCCCUACACCUUGUUCCAUCUGUGGUCACAAAGCCAGUCGGGCUCUCAUGGCCAACAGAGGCUGUACACUUGGCUGUUCGGCUCUGCGUUUGUGCUCUACCAAGGCCUGGGUUUGGGAUUCCUCCCAACGUACGUGGUGGUGACCAACAGUUUGCCGCCCGCUUCCUGCUUCAUCGUCACCAUAGAACAGGUUCGUCUGAUGAUGAAAACCUACUCCUUCGUGAGGGAGAAUGUGCCGAGAGUCCUGGCUUGGACAAAAGACAAGACAGGCCAUGGUCCUGUUGUUCCUCAAGUUUCCCAGUAUCUUUACUUCCUGUUUGCACCCACUCUUAUAUACAGAGACAAGUACCCCAGAAACCCGGUGACCAGGUGGGGCUAUGUGGCCACAAAGCUACUGCAGGUACUUGGCUGUCUCUUUUAUACCUAUUACGUGUUUGUGCGGCUGUGCAUCCCGCAGUUUCGCAGCAUCAGUCUGCAGCUGUUCAAUCUGCGUGCCAUGGUGCUUUGUGUCUUUAACUCUAUCCUGCCAGGAGUUUUGGUGCUCCUGCUGGGUUUUUUUGCCUUUCUCCACUGCUGGCUCAACGCUUUUGCUGAGAUGCUUCGCUUUGCAGACAGGAUGUUUUACAAGGACUGGUGGAACUCAACAUCUUACGCCAAUUACUACCGCACUUGGAACGUAGUGGUGCACGACUGGCUGUAUUACUAUGUGUACAGGGACUUCCUGCUGAUAUCUCAGAAGCGUUUCCGACCAGCAGCCAUGUUUUUCGUGUUUACGGUGUCUGCAGUGGUCCAUGAGUACAUCCUCGCAGUUAGCUUUGGAUUCUUCUAUCCGGUGCUUUUCUGCCUCUUCAUGUGCUUUGGAAUGAUGUUCAACUUUAUUUUCCACGACCGAAGGAAAGGCCCCAUUUGGAACAUAUUAAUGUGGACAUCCCUGUUUCUGGGUCAGGGGGUCAUAAUGUGUCUGUACUCUCAGGAGUGGUAUGCCAGACGCUACUGUCCACUCAAGGAGUCUUCGUUCCUGGAUUUGCUGAAGCCUCGCUCCUGGAGCUGCCAGAGAGGGCCGAUGGCCGAGUCCCACAAGAUAAAAUGGGACUACUGAGAGGAACCCCUUCACCAAUCAACGCGGACUCCUCCAGCUCUUCUCUCACUGUCGUUCUUUAUUUAUUACAGUUAGAUUUACUAGUCUCCCAGUCUAUGAAUGUAUGGAAGAGUAUCUGCUGAGAUGCCAUUAUUGAUACAGCAGAGGUGCCUUAUUUAUUGAGUUGUCAGCUGCCGCUUCAACAGAAGUUCAUAUAUAAAGAACUUGGAAGUGCCACUUGAAAUUUCUCUUCUUGAGUGUCUCCAUUGCGUUGGUUGACCGUGAAACCGCUCCUUGUGCAAAUAAUGACAUGGCAGCUUAAUACAAACAUUACACAACUCACAGAUUGUCCACAUGUGCUGUAUUGGUUAAUAUUCAACUAGGUGGGAUGGAUGUUGUUACUUGAUUGUUAAAAGAAAAAAAAUCAGAAUUAUACAGCAAGAAACUAACUUAUUUUCAUUACCAGCCAUAUUUUUCUGUAAGUGUUUAAUAUAGUGUAUAAAUGAGAAAUGGACUUUUUUGUAUUAUCAAGGUUUGCAGGAUACUACAACAUUUGAUUUAAUUAUGAAGGUUGCUGUAAUUAGUGAUAUUUUACUGAAUGUACCCUUGAUUAAUUUAAGUACUUGGAAGAUGAAGGUUGAAUAGGAUUAUGGAAGAUGUUGAGUCUUUUGAUAUGCUUUGGUUAUGAUGAAUAUUCAGACAUUUAUGCAGGGAUUUCUGACUUAAUUGUCAUAAUCUUACUGUCAGAAUUGCAGCUGGCUGCUUCAAUGUCACCACAACAAUGCAGUAUUGUAACUUGAAAAGCACCAAUAUGUGUAGUUUGUGUUUUUUAGAUUGCCUUUCAUUAUUUUUGUAUAAUCAAAAAUCAUGCAAGAAAAUAUUUUACUGUCAUCUGAGAAAUUAUGUCAUUCACCAUACCUUUAGUGGUGUUGUAGUAAUGUUAUAGGGUAGUUGAUUCACUGCCUGACUGCAGGGAUUGCAUGUUGUUGGUGCUUGGGAAACUGGAAUUGCACAACUGAAUUAGAAACCAGCAAUGCAGAACUGGAGUUUCACAAAGAAAACUGGAUCACCACAAGGUGUCACUAUGGUAAAGGUUGUAAAUGGAUUUCUUUCUGCUCAUUUGGUCAAUAACAGAUUAACUGGAUUCCUUUGAACUAAUGUGUGAUAAGACAACCACCAGCAAAUUACUUUCACACCAUGCACAGAUUAAAAUGCUUCAGGUUCUUUCUUUAA